AUGAACCAUGGCCCUGAGGUUGUGCUCUACAUGAGUUCAGGUUGCUGUGACCGAUUUCCAGCUGCUACCAUUUACUUCUAUAUAUCCUGCUUUUUCAAUCAGGAAAGUCCAUCUCAAACGAAGAGUCAAUUACCUUCUCUUAGUUCCCGUUCCACUCGCUCUUGGGUAUCAUGGUAUCGACGCCAGACUGAUUGGCGUGCUGAGGCCCGACGCGAGCGAAAGAGUGCCCACAGCCAGAUUGCACUACUGCGUGAGGUGGCUGAUUAUGCUUCUGAUUAG